AUGCCUGCGCGUGGCCCUCCGUCUCCGAGCUCGCAACCUGCAAAGCGACAGCGACAAAACUCUUUUGACGAUGCGUCACCACCGCGCAACGGCCAGUCGAGCCCCCAAAGCCGUGAACGUGAACGUCUCCAGACCGACGGCGCAUCUGCCCCCGCCUCGGCACCCUCCACCAUCGCCUCUCCAACAGUAACGGCCAAGGCAGGCCAGAGCAGUAACUUUCGCAACGUCAGUGCCUGUAACCGUUGUCGCCUACGUAAGAACCGUUGCGACCAGAAGCUUCCGAGCUGCGCAAGUUGCGCCAAGGCAGGGGUCGCUUGUGUUGGCUAUGAUCCCAUUACAAAGAAGGAAAUCCCACGAAGUUAUGUUUUUUACCUUGAGACUCGAGUAGAGCAGUUGGAGAAUCUGCUCAAUGCCAACAAUAUCGCCUUUCCCCCAGCCGAAAAUCUCGAAUUGUGUUCCAGGAUAGGCACCGACACCGCCAGUAUCAACUCAAACACCGAAACAGGGUAUUCUGCAGCAUCAGAAGCUGGCGACCGUGGCAUGGGCAGACCUCAGGCUCAAGCAGUUGAAUCGUUGAAGAAAAAGACAGGCCAAGCGGGGUUCCUCAAUAAUAUUGUGAGCCCCUCAAAACCUCGUUCUCUCGCGUCUGCAUCCGGUGUUUCGUUUGCGCGGGUCGUAUAUGCUGCAGUUCAAUAUUCGGCUGCUGGACAACCGAACUCGAACGAUUCCAGAGCUCCUAGACAACCGAGCGGAAAUGGAGCUUCUCUGCGCGAUUCCUUCUUUGGUUUACAUACCAGACCUUCAAUCAAGCCUGCUGCUUUCCCUAGCAAGGAAGUUGGCUUGCGACUUGUGAGACUAUAUUUUGAACACUCUAAUCCCCAGAUCCCCAUCCUGCACAGGGGAGAGUUCAUGCAGACAUUCGAGCGUAUCUACUCAACUAAGGAUCCGGCUCGAGGUUCGCGAGAAUUGUAUUUGUUAAAUAUGGUCUUCGCUAUCGGUUGUGGUGUUAUCGUGGGCGAGCCUGUAAAAACAGAAUCCUCCGGCGAUCCUGGUAUGGAUAGCAGGAGCCGGUGCGAGCCUGAAGAAUAUCAUGCGAGCGCUAUCGUACACCUGGAAUCGUGCUUGAGCAAUAGCGGGGGAGGUUUGGAGGUGUUGCAAGCCGUUCUUCUUCUCGCUAAUUUUGCUCUCCUUCGUCCUGUUCCCCCGGGUCUUUGGUACAUUAUUGGAGUUGCUGUGCGGCUCGCAGUCGAUCUCGGUCUACACUAUGAGGAUGACCGAGAGAUCGAUGCCGGGUCCAACGAAACUGAACAAACCGACGCUGCUCGGGAGAAUGGCGCUCAAAAUCGUGGAAAGAAGUUGUGGCAUCGAGAUAUGCGACGACGUCUCUGGUGGUGCACGUACUCUCUGGAUCGUCUGGUAAGCACAUGCGUCGGAAGACCAUUCGGCGUGAGUGAUCAGGUUAUUACAACCGAGUUUCCCUCGCUAUUGGACGACGACUACAUCACGCCGACUGGGUUUCGAGAAUCACCACCAGACCAGAUCCAGCCCAGUUACAAACAUGUAGCGCAUCAUUACUUUCGCCUGCGGCUGCUGCAGUCUGAGAUUCUCCAAGUAUUGCAGUAUAACCAGGCCCAGAUUGCCAAGGCUGGUGUGCAGGGCAAAUAUCCCGAUAUGCAUAUUCAUUUGCCGUCGCCGUUCCUAGUGCAGUUCGAUUCGUUCCGGUCGUGGCGCAUAGACAUCGAUCGAAGGCUGUACCAAUGGAAGACAUCAGCGCCAUCUAAGCAAGAGACCGGUGUCAUGUUCUCGACGGAGUUCCUGGAGCUCAACUACUGGCAGGCCAUCAUCAUGCUGUAUCGCCAGAGCCUCAGCGUUCCAGCCAUGUUUGAGGGCGAGUACAACUCAUCCAACGAGGUUAACAGUCCAACGGCGUUUCAAGCAGAGCUUCGUGAAGACGAGGAUCGUAUCUAUCUGAAGGUUGCUGAGGCAGGCCAAAAGAUUCUUCGUUUGUAUAGACAGCUUCAUCUCAGCGGGCUCGUGAGCUAUACGUAUCUUUCUACCCACCACCUGUUCAUGGCAGGAAUCUCGUACCUUUAUGCCAUAUGGCAUUCGCCCAUCGUACGAAGUCGCCUGAGCAUGGAUGAAGUGGACUUUACUAUUCUCGCUGCCAAAUCGGUUCUCACAGACAUGAUCGACAAGUGUCCGCCCGCCGAGACAUGCCGAGAUGCAUUCGAUCGAACGGCCAAGGCCACCAUUAAGAUGACCUCUUCAACAGGCGGUUUUGGUGCGCCGGCGGCCCGACGACAGCGUUCUGCAUGGAACACGCCACCCGACUCGUCAAAGACAUCUGCCCAAGCACGUCACCGUGCUCAGGGCUCAGAUCAGGCGUCUUAUCCAAUUGACCUAUCCCUCUCCGACACCCUUUCUUCUCCUAGCAUGUCAGUUACGGGCGACGGUAAUGCGCAGGCAUCGCCACCAAUGGCGCGGUCAGCUGAAGGAUACCUGAUGCAAUCACGAAACCGAGGCGGACCAAGUCCAUCAGACUCUGGUCUUAAACAAGAAGGCUCUCCUGUAGAGUCAGGCAUGGUCCCAUCGCCUGUUCCUCGAAGAAUGACUUCCCAGCCAUCCAACGGGGGAUCUUUUGGGGGGCAGCAGCAAUUCAAUGGGCAGGAUUACCCCGAUGCGCAGACAAUGGAGUUUCUCCAGAAUCUGGGAGCUUCUUCAAACGGCGAUUUCAACCCUAUGGACCAGUCGCAGCUCGAUAUGGGACUCAGCAUGAAUUGGGAGGGUCUUCAUCAUGACUUUGGUGAGGCACCUCAACUGAACCCGUUUGAUACAUUUUUCUUUGGUGGUCCUCAAGGAGGAGGUGGCCAAGAUGGCGGCAUGAACAUGUAA